CACGAACUUUGCGUGCAGCACUCGAGAAUGUCGGGGAGCAGGUACACUCUAUCACGACGCACAGGAUCACACAACCUCCAUUUCACUCACCUGUCUUCCCGUUGUGUCUGUUAGCAACAUCGUCAUCGUCCUCCUGGUGGUCGGCCUGUCGAUGGCUGCCGGCGGGAAUCGCACUAGCAUCAGGCGCCUGGACGAGGAUGUGGACGAGUGCGACAGCAGGGAGGGAGCGCCUUGCAGCUCUCCCUAUGCACGGGUAAAGAGUCUGAACGCAGACAAAGCGAGUACAUAACGACAAACUGCGCUUGGUCUGUGGUCUGUCAGGUUCCCAACGGUUGCAGCAGGUGGCCCGACACGUGGGGGAGCGUCAACUUCACAGAGGUGUGCAACGGGCACGACCGCUGCUACUAUACGCUGGGUAGGAAGGGCAGAGGAAUCGGUGGCCGAGGAAAAGGACAUCAUGUGUCUGUUCCUCCUCAAUUGAUGGCCUCCUUUGCUUCUCAGGCUCGGAUGCCGAUCAGUGCAACGACGACUUCCGUGAGGGUCUCAUCAGCGAAUGUGAAAGAGCCGUGACAUCCCGCCCCGUGUUGUUCGCCUGUAGAACCCUCGCCAUCACGAUGUACACCGCCGUCGCCGCCACGGCCGGCUUCUACCACACUCGCGCGCAAGAGCGGCAGAAGCUGCAUGAAAAGUGCUGUCCUGAGUGUUGUGGGUGAGGGGGUGAGGUGCAUGGUGGAUGGGCAUCAAGACUAAGACUGCUGUGGCCGUAGCUAUGGCAUCCUCGUCUGUUCCUGUAGCUGUCUGUCCGAGCCUACUCUCUCGUAGGAGUGCCUCGUGCUGUCCUGUCUGGUGCCUUGCGUACGUGUUGUGUUGGGUUGUGAAUAGUGAGCGGGGGGAAUGAGGGCAGCCACCGUAUCUAUUGAAGCGAUAGAAUGCGCACGUCCAUCAACUAGAGGGCUGCUGCAUUUUACCAAUCACUUGGUCAUCACUGUUUUUCCAUGUGUGGCGUGCGACAGACAGAUACAUCGUCACCUGGCACCCAACAGCGGACACCUUCGCGCAAGUGCGUGAAGUGCAAUCGUGACACAUCCAUCGUGUGUUCAUCUCGUGUUGUCGUGAUUGCGGGGAGUGAGAUCAUGUGUUAAUUGAUGAGGGGACGGUUUCAUUGGACACGUGUUUAUGUGAGCCAAAGGGGUGAACGAACGAAUAAAUGGACGA